UUUGUAGAAGUUUCAAAAUUGUUAAUUUGUCUUCUUUAUCCUGUUCUCUUUUCAAUCAGCAGUCUAUCUGAGGUGAAAUGAACAAGUUCUCCUUCAUUCUAAUGUGUCUCAGAUCUUCUCUGAGGGGAAUCCCUCUGCUCCGGCGAAAAAGACACAGAUAAACUGUCAGGACUGUACUGGAAUCCACGUCUGAAGUAUUCACACAUGACAUAACACCAAGGCAGCAUUGCUGAAGUACAUUCUGAAUGAUGACAUGUGUUCUAAAUGUGGGCUGUGACGCAACACGUGUCCCUGUCUAAUGCAAUACAAUGGUUUGGGAACAACAUCAUUUUAUUUAGCAGCAUGAGGAAGCAAGUUUUAGAGAAUCCUGAAUACAAGAGGGAGAGUUAUGUUCAUUAACUCAGCCUGGGAAGGUUUGAAGAGUGAGAGGGAGAGUUACUCUGUGUGUCACUUUUAUUCAGUAACUAGCUAUAGUGUGGCUUCUGUCCAAAGCAAUAUUGUAGAAAUGUUGCUGAUAAUCUGUCAGUCAGAUAGGUUUAUGAUCAUAGCGUGCCAAGUGGUGCUACAGCACAGUCAUUUUAACUAGCUGUAUAUCAAUGUCUUAGGAAACAGCUCAUGAUGUAGUUGUUCACUGAAAUAAGGUUGUCUUAAGUUUGAACAAUUUGGUUGUCAUCAACUUUGAAGCCCCUGUGAGGAGUUUUUAUCUGGAUUUGGCAUGAGGCACUUUUAUGAGCAACCGAAGCAAGCAAGACGAUUGACAAGAUUUGCAAUUUCUAUAUUGUAAUUUUUAAUGCCUUCAGCAACAAAAGGGGGUAGGUAUUAGACCUGAUGAUUGACAGCACGCAGAAGAAAAGCCUGUUUUUACUUUUCUCAGUACAAAUAUUCAGUGAGUGAUGUAUGUGAUUGUUAAAAGAUAAGAGGGUGGUAUUUUUUGUGGGGAAACCCUACUUCUGCAUGUACAGGGCAAGAUCUACAAAGAGAUAUGGGUUAGCACUUUGUCCACAGGGGGCGCCACAAUCUAGACAAACACAAAGUUCCUCAGAGGACCUUUAACUCAACCUGUGAAGCAGUCCUAGAUGGAUGCAUGGACAAAUAAAGAAUGCAAAAUAUUAUCACAGCUAAAAUGUUGAACUAACUUGUGUUCAAGAAUGUUUAUAUAAUUAUUUUUAACUGUGCUUUUCAGAUUGUAUUUGUUCCUAUUUUACUUGCAAUGCACAUUUAAUAUAUAUAUUUUUUUUUUACUUUAUUUAUGAAGUUUUGAGUUUAUACAACACAUAAACACACACACAUACUGAACUUGUACAGACAAUACCCCAUAAUAACAUGCACUGCUUAUGGAUGAUAAUGAAAGAGUUGUGUGUAGCUCAAGCUGAAAGUCUCAGUAACAAAUUCAAUGUGAAGUAUAAAACUAAAUCCUUAUUUUCUGUGGUAGCUCAGCCUCAUCUGAGCAAAUUAUAAAAACCUACAAACACGUUUCAAUUCCUUGACUUUUAACCACCUGUAACUACCCACUCUGGAUGUCCUAUGAAGCAGACACAAAUAAAGUUCUGUAGACCACUCCCCCUUCUACACUCUCUUAGCCAAAAGGGGUUGGCCCCAUGUGUGCACAGACUAUAAGAGAGGUGAUAUCCAGGUUGAGCAUCAUCAUACAGGUGUGCUUUCACAUUCUCAUAUCUUCACCUUCUGCUGCCUGAGGAUACUACUUCACUGGACCAGAAACAGGAUUACACACCUCUGACACAACAAGGUACAGAAAUCUUCCUGGCUGAGCUCAUUCAUUCAGCUCCUGACGUUGUGUAUUUUGUUUUUAGUUUUCACAUGACUCAGAAUCUGUCUCUGAUAAGUUAGAGAAGUAUGUGUGAUGGCAUACUUUCAUUUCUCUGUUUCUCUCACGAUGUGAGUUUUGAUUCUGGUGUCUCACAGCAGUGUCUCUUUGUCUUUUCAGAUUGUCUUUCAAUUAUGUUGGCAGAAGUUGAAACGAUGGCUUACGUAGCCGAGAGGCUGUGUGGAGAUCGUGUUGCCUGGAGCAGAGGGGCUCCCUCCUCUUGCUCAGAGGUAGACCUGGAAGUCAUUGAGGAGUACCUGCAGGAGCACUCACAGGAAGUCCAACCUGUGCACACACCUGUAUCAUCUCCCACCACCAUGGGGCAACAACGAAUGCACACACACUCCCAUCAUGGCACCAGGAUCAUAGAGAACAGCUGGUCAGGUCAGCAUCCAUUUAUGUGGUAUUGUGGCUCUCACGCUCCAAAUGAGGAUUACGAAGAUCAAGCCCUGCCUCCAGCAUGGGUGAAUCCCCAUUGGGACCACAUUCCAUAUCCCUAUGAGGCCCACCCAAGCUUUGACUCAGACACCCAGUCCAGUAGCUCCCAGUGCCAGGAAUACCGAGAUUCAUCAUCGCCAUCAAGUGACAGGGAAGAGAGGAAAGAAUCCCUGUCGUUCACUCCGCUCUCAGGAAAGAGGAAGGAGCGGUUGUUCCAGUUUCUAUUUGAGAUGCUCCAGACACCAUCAAUGAGGAGCUGCAUCUGGUGGGUUCAGUCCUCCGUCGGCACGUUCCAGUUCUCCUCCCAAAACAAAGAGCGCUUGGCUCAGCUGUGGGGCCAACGAAAGGGUAAUCGCAAGCCCAUGACCUACCAGAAAAUGGCCCGGGCACUGAGGAACUACUCGCGUACGGGAGAGAUUCAAAAGGUGAAGAGGAAACUCACCUACCGUUUUGAUGAGAAGACGCUGAGGGGCCUAAGGGAAGACUCUAAUGCAGUAUAGGAAUACAUAUUAAUAAGCAAGAUGGAUAUUCAGGGCACACCAUGGGUUGUGUCAUUUUCUGCUUAAUAUGAUUCUAUGACAUGCAGUAGCAAGUGAAUACUGAGUAUUUAUAAACCCAGCAAGGGAAGCAUUUUAACUCAUAGGUUUCUCUCUCAAAGACAAUUGAUGACAUAAGAGGAAAGGGAAAUCUUGGUUGUGAUGCUGGCAUUAAGAAGAAAGUAAAUCUAAAAGGUUAUCAUGUAUCUACUUUAUAAGUAGAACUUAAGUCAUUUUAAAUAUAGAAGA